AUGACUGCUGCCGCUCCUGCUGCCUCUGCAUGUCGCAGCGGCUCCUGCGGAAACGGAGAGCGCACACGCGCGGCGUCGGAUGCAUCGCUCGACAACAGCAAAUGUGCCCACGCCCAUGCCCAUGCCCAUGCCCACGCUCACGCUCACGCUCACUCUCACGCCAACGGAGACAUCUGCCGUCCAUGCGACCAUGUAGGCAGCGGCCCCUUUGACAACUUGCCCGCCACCACUGCCUCCCCCCGCCGCUUCGACGCCAAUGGCAACAUGCAUGUCUCCAAGUCCUCCGUCUCAGCCCCGGCCUCGGCCUCCGUGUCCAUGUCCAUGGCCAGCAUGCUCUCCGUGCCAGCGACCAUUCUCACGUCCUGUCCUCUGCGCGACGUCCUCGCCAUCCUCAUCAUCUUGCUCCAACUCCCCCCAACCGUCCUCACCGUCGUUCAAUUCCUGUUCGCUAUCCUUACCUUUGUGCCUCCCCAAGCAGGCACCCCCCUCUCCGCCCUCUCCGCCUUUCCCUCCUUCACCGACAUCUUUCAGGGCUCCGGCGGCACCCCCUCUCUCUUUACCACCAUCUUCGCCGACGCCUUCAUUCUCGUCCUCUGGCUCAUUCUCUGGGUGCCUGUGCAAAACUUCUUUUUGGAUCUUGCACAGGCCGUCAUCGCCAUCGCGCUGGGAGGCGCGGUGGCGGGCAAGAAUGGCACGACCAAUAGCAUCUUCAUCUGUGUCGUCAUCAUUCUUUCCAAUCACCUCUUCAGAUUCAGGCCUCUCCGGCAACACGUGGUUCACUUCCUCUGGACCGGGCUCGCCCGGGGAGGCCUUGAAUUCUUCACGAGCCCCCCGAGUACGCCCACUUAUUUAGAAAACUUCUCAACGCCCCAUGGAUGGCCCCGGAGCCUCCUGGGCAUUCAUAUUCUCGCCCAAGGCGUCGUUCGCAUCAUCCGCCGCUCUCUAUCUCGACGAGACGUAGCUUCCCCCUCGCUGCCCACUGGCAAAAAGGCAGACCCCGAAAUAGGCGUGCUUCAGCGUGCCAACUCGCUCGCUCCCCUCGACGCCAACGCAGACGUGCCCAAUUCCUCGAGUACCGAUGGUCGGCCUCCGGGGCCGCCACCUAACACGCACUCGCAAAAGGACAAGACGAGUAGUCAUAGGCGCAAGAGGAAGCAGGCUACCCAUGUUCGCAGUCAGCAGCCGUUUUGGGCUGCCCUUGCUAGUACAAAAGUUACGGUUUUGAAAGAAAUGGAAAGCAGCCGAGCGGCAAACGACGCCGACGAGGCCAACGCAAAAGAUGCAAAUCACAUUGGAAACGCGGUUUGGAGAUCGGAAGACGAUCGUGUUUGGAUUGCAGAUGUCGGCUAUUCCGACGUCUCCUUCCGUGUCAGUUCAGCCAGUGGGGCUACGUGUGAAGACGAGGACGAGGAGGAGACAAGUACCGGUUCUGGAAUCGACCGGUCGAAGCCCUUUUACAUUCGUGUCAACGGAGCAGAUUGGAGUUCGACCCGCAUUCGACGAAGCGAGCCUAUAGGCUACCACGGUCCCGAGGGAACAGGCUUUUGGGUCGGUGAAAUCUUCGGUCUGACCGCGCUCUCUAACUACUACUGCGAGUUUGUCAGGUCGACCGACGAUGAAGUAUUCUACACCGCCAGCCUGAUUACCUCUGCCAGCCCCGUGACCGAACUCGCUUCCGUCGCCUCCCCGCCAGCACAUCAGACCCUUCGACCUUCCUCACCGACCACGACGCUCAAGAAUUCCAUUGCUGCGGCCGAUCAGCAGCUCCAAGAGCAACGAAAUCGCCUCAAACGAAACAAAAAGGAUCACAAGACUGCCAUCUCGAAUAUCAAGAAGGAGGUGGACACGCUCAGCAACCGUCUGGCAAAUGCUGGUGGCAAUGACGAACGUCAGCGCCAACGCGUUCUACAAUUCACCCAAAACAUUCGUCAAGCUGAGGAGGCUAUUGCUGAGUGCACCGAGCUAGCAGAGAACCUAGCCGCCAUUCCGGAGGACGAGGCCAAGGCGGCUGCCACCAAGAAGGCUGAAUGGAACACGGAGCGUGACAAGAAGAAGGCUGCUUCGACGGAAUUUGACACUAUCAAGGCCGAGGUGGACCAACAGUUGCAGAGCGUAGAGAGCGACAUUACGGCCACACUGCAAAAGCGAGAGCGUCUCCAGCAACGCCAGCUCAGGCUGAACGAGCAGCACGAUCGCCUUGUGACGGCCAAUCAAGAGGGCUUCACCGCCAAGCAGCGUCGUGAACAAGAAAGGGCAGCUUUGAGACAGCAUCGUGCGGAUGUCGAAAACCAGUACCGCUCCAACAUCAACGGCUACGAGCGACGGACGGAAGAAAACAACCAGUCGACCUCUCACAUGAUGCAGACCAUUCAGCACUUUGAGGAACUUCUCCAUCAGUCUCAGCAGCAACAAAUGUCUGUCCCGACCACGCCAGAAGGCCCUCUUCCAGGCACCAGCAUGUCUCCCCACUCGAGUGGUUUCGCAAGCUUCACAUUUCCCAGCCUCAACUACGGUCAGGUCCAUAGCACACCUGGCUCGAUUCGCAAUGGUCGUGGCCGCUCAUCAUCCAUGCUGAGUAACGUCUCCGGUUUCACGGAUAGCUUCGAUGAAGACAUGUCCUCGACGACGUACGCCCUCGGUAACCCGUUCAGUACGCCCGGGGCCAACGGUCGUACCAAUCGCAGUCAUGGAAGUGGUAGUCUCAGCUCCGGUACUUCUAGUCAAAGCUCCAGCCAAAGAGAUCCGUUGAGUCCUGUCCAAAGUGUGAAGCCUAUGAUGGCGAGGAGUAGUACGGGUGGGAAUGGUGGUACUGGUCUCAUGAGUCCGAUUGGCACAGGAAGGUAA